UUUAGAUUCAAACUUCAAUGAAUAUAUGAUCCAAAAUUAAUCAGGUCCCAAACAGCAUCUAUUAUCAGAGUUGAGACAGAAGACUGACUUCUUUCAUUGUUACACACAUUCAUACACAAUUCAGUGAUGCCUGAGACAAAAGUUUGCUCAAAGUGUAAACAAGGCAUUAAAGAAAGUCACUUUCUACUGGCUGAUUAUCAAUACUGGCAUGAAGACUGUCUGCGAUGUGUCUGCUGUGAUGCGAGAUUAGCAGAAUUAGAUAAAAUCUACUACAUCAAAGCGAGAAUGUCAUUAUGUCGACGAGAUUACUUAAGACUAUACGGUAAGACAGGUGAAUGUUCUGUCUGUCAGAAACGAGUACAACCUUAUGAAUUUGUCAUGAAGGUAAAGAACAGUGUUUACCACCUAUCUUGCUUUUGUUGUCAACACUGUCAAAUGAGAUUUUGUAUUGGAGAUCGUUUUUACCUGCACGACAAUAUCAUCUUAUGUGAACAUGAUUAUAUGGAGUUGUUUCCACACCUAUUUGCACAGAAUAUCAAUAUACCUCAGACAGAAAGAACUGAAAUGAUUGUGAAUACAAGCGUUAUUGAAUCUUGUUUGUGUUUAAAUGAAUCAUUGAUAAAUAAACAACCUAGUGAUGCUGACAGUGUUAGUCAAAGUGUUGAAACUGAGACAAAGUUAGAAAUUAAUUCUAACUAUUCUAAAUGUAUUACUUCAAAUAUUCCUAUAUACGAAAAAACUAAGGUACAAAAUGAUUAUGAGCAAAUGCCAAGCUCUAAUACAUCAUUGGUAAACAUGGAAAAUCAGUUGUAUUUACCGCCAAAUUUAUUCGAUGCAAAACUGAAUGAUGCAGCAACAAUAUCAGAUGAUCGUUCAAGUGGUUAUGGAUCGCCUAGUUCACCGGGAAAUAGUUUUCAUGACAAAAUAUAAAUUACUUUUUCAAUAAGAUCAUUCAUUUAUCAAUAAUGUCAAGUCUAUCAUUCAGUUGGAUGAAUCUGACAAUAAUGAAGUGAAUGAAUCAGUGAUGAAAACUAUUUAACAGAAGUAAUCUUUACCGCUAAUAUCAUUCAAAAUUCUCCAAAUAAUUAGUUUGAAAUGGUAAUUGGAAUAAUAUUUCCAGUUGUGAAAUAAUGCAAAAUACAAAUGAAUACUUC